AUGUUAAGAAAAAGCAAGGUCCCACGAUCCAGGAGAGAUGAAAUCGAGCAUCUGUUUCAAGACCACGCAGAUGGCAAAACCACCUUAUCUGCAAGUGGCCUGCUGAGAUUUCUUCACCAGGAACAAAAGGAGUUUUUAGCAGACGAAGACACGGCCGAGGCUCUGAUUGACAGAUAUGAGAUUGAAACGGCAGCCAUAGAAAGCAGGUCCAUGACCUUUGAAGGCUUCUUCAGAUACAUGGAGUCCAAAGACUGCUGUGUGUUUGACCAGGCUCAUACAUCCGUUUACCAAGACAUGGACCAACCUCUCAGCAGUUACUUCAUCUCGUCCUCUCACAACACCUACCUGACAAGAGGCCAGCUAGUAGGGGAGAGCCACCUUCAUGGAUACGUUAGCGCUCUGAAGAAAGGCUGCCGCUGUGUGGAGAUCGACUGCUGGGAUGGUCUAGAUAUGGAACCGGUAGUUUACCAUGGUUACACCCUCACCUCCAAGAUACUUUUUAAGGAGGUCAUCGAAAUAGUGUCUCAACACGCCUUUGAGGUGUCCGCCUUCCCAUUAAUUCUCUCUCUGGAAAACCACUGCUGCGAGGAGCAGCAGGAGGUCGUGGCCCAGUACCUUAUCUCCAUCCUGGGUGACAAGCUGUUGAGAAGCACCUUGGACAAUCCGACAAAUGGAGACCUGCCAAGCCCAAACGAUUUAAAGUAUAAGAUCCUGAUCAAGAACAAAAAGCUAAAGUCACAGUCUAAGGCAAAGGACAAAAGAGAGGCAGAGGAGGGUGCAGAUGAGGGAGAGGGAAGUGAUGAGGAGGAGGAGGAAGAUGAUGAGGAGGACAAGGAGAGCGAGGGACAUCAAGCUAAAGGAAAGUUCUGGUCUCCGAGAAAAGAAGGGUCUCAGAAGAAAAAGAAGAAGGUGAAGGUGGCCCAGGCUUUAUCGGAUCUUGUAAUAUACACGAGGUCCGUCAAGUUCGUCAGCUUUCGCCACUCCGAGGACAAUCAGACCAGCUAUGAGAACACAUCCAUUGCAGAAAAGAGGGCUCGCAAACUGAUGAAGGCCUCAGGUAAAGAUUUUGUUCAGCACACUCAAAGGUUCCUCUGCAGAAUAUAUCCAGCCGGCUCAAGAAUAUAUUCCUCCAACUACAAUCCUCAGGAGUUCUGGAACGUCGGUGCACAGCUUGUGGCUCUCAAUUUCCAAACUCUGGGCCUGCCUAUGGACCUUAAUAACGGUCGUUUCCUAGACAACGGCGGCUGUGGCUACGUCCUGAAGCCAGCAGUUCUCUUGCACAGGGAAAGGAGCUUUGAUCCCAACUCCAGCCAGCACCACCGCUUCACACCCACCAACCUGAUGAUCAGGGUGAUGUAUGGAUCAAACCUUCCCAGCCUCGAGCCUGGAAAAGCUCUCAACCCGUUUGUCAGAGUGGAGGUCCAUGGGAUUCCAUCCGACUCUCGCACUAAAAACACUCAUACAGUCAAAAACAAUUCCCUGAGUCCUCACUGGAAUGCUGAAAUGAACUUCAGGAUCAGGGUUCCUGAGCUCUGCCUCAUCCGCUUCUCUGUGCACGACCAGAACACCCUUUUCAAGAGUGAAUUCGUGGGCCAGUACACACUGCCCUUUACCAGCUUGAAGAAAGGCUACCGCUGGGUGCCUCUGCUGUCCAAGGAUGGAUGCAGUCUGGAUCCAGCUUCCCUCUUUGUCUGGGUCUGGUAUUCCCAAAAGCAGCCAUCUAAGGUGGCUUCUAAAUACAGAGUUUAA